GCGCAUUGAGCCGCGGCUGCUACACGUUCCGACCGCGGCGUUCCUGACAAGAUGCACCGUCUUUUGACAUUUUGACGACGCCAGCUUCAGGGCUUCUGAACCCGACAUUUUGUUUUGUUAUGGUGUCGGAGGAUGGAAACGGACGACGUGUCGGUGAGGGAGCAACUUUUCCACAAUCGUGUCCGGGAGACCAUCAUCUGUGUACUCCUGUUUACGUGCCUCUACGUAAUGUCCUACCUCAUACUUGCACGGUUCAAGAAGACUGCAGAGUUUGUCACUGAUGAUAUUGAGGAUGCAACUGUCAACAAAAUUGCGCUGUGGUUGUGUACAUUCACACUGUCAGUUGCAGUUUGUGCGGUGCUACUUCUCCCCAUCUCUAUUCUGUCUAAUGAGGUGCUGCUCACCUUCCCACAGAGCUACUACAUGCAAUGGCUCAAUGGAUCUCUCAUCCAUGGGUUGUGGAACUUGGUGUUCCUUUUCUCUAAUUUGUCCCUGGUCUUCCUCAUGCCAUUUGCCUACUUCUUCACUGAGUCUGAGGGGUUUGUCGGGUCCAAGAAGGGAGUGAUGGCACGAGUAUAUGAAGCAGUUGUCCUGUUGUUGCUGCUAGCGCUCCUGGUUUUGGGCAUUGUGUGGGUUGCAUCAGCCCUUCUCCACGACAACAUGGCCAGGAAGAGCCUCUAUGACCUGUGGGAGUAUUACCUUCCCUACUUGUACUCUGGCAUCUCUCUUUUUGGAGUACUGCUGCUCCUGUUGUGCACACCUUUUGGGCUGUCUCGAAUGUUCAAUGUAACAGGCAGUCUGCUGGUUAAACCUCGGCUGUUCGAAGAUGUCGACGAUGCCCUCAGCUGCACCACAUUUGAGGAGGACUCGCUCUCCAGGAAACUGAAGUGUGGCAGUCCUCAAUCGUGCUGGGUCAAGCUGAACAUUGAGGCGAUGAAGAAAGAGCACCAAGCAGUCCGAACAAAGCGUUUAGCCUUGGAGACGUGGAGGAAAGCUUCGCCGUGGCAGAGAAACUUGGGUUAUCCACUGGCUAUGCUUACGCUCCUCGCUCUCACAGUUUUGUGUGUCCUGAUGGUCUGUUUUAAUGUGCUGGAGUUGCUCUUUGAUGAGACUGCUAUGCCCAGAGGAAUGGAAGAUCCUCACCUUGGGAUGGCCUCCUUCUCCAUGUUUGGCUCACUGGGUGCAGCAGUUCAAGUAGUCCUUAUACUCUAUCUAAUGGUGUCAUCGGUAGUUGGAUUCUAUAGUUCACCUCUUUUCACCGGCUUGGUGCCUCGUGCGCAGGAUACCAACCUCACACAGAUAAUUGCCAAUUGUGUUUCACUUCUUAUCCUGAGCUCAGCACUUCCGGUCUUUUCACGUACACUUGGGAUCACCCGCUUUGAUCUGCUGGGAGACUUUGGCCGCUAUAACUGGCUUGGGAACUUUUAUGCUGUGUUCCUGUACAACAUGCUGUUUGCUGGCCUCACCUCCGCCUCUCUGAUCAAGACAGUCACGUGGGCAGUGCAGAGGGAACUCAUCCACGCAUUUGGGCUCCAUCGACUACCCUUAACUGUCUCGCGCUCCACUGUCCCGUUCAGACUCCUGCUGGCAAGUGGACUGUCCAAAAUCCAGUGACUUAAACCUUUUUAACUUGUUUUUGUUUUUAAAAAAUAAGAUCGAGCCAAAAUGCGCACCUUUCAGAUUGUGCAGCAUAGUCCCAUCUUCGCUGGCUGGCGACAUCGAUUGUACAGAGCAAAGCGACGAGGGUGAUGACUCCGUGCAGUUGGGGGGCUUUGCUCAAAGAUGUAUCGCUGACCAAAAUGUGAAAGUGUGUUCACAUGAGCCAAAAAAUGGCUUGAACCUGAGAUGCGGUUAUGGCUCAAAGAGGGCGAAUGUGAAUCAAAGCCAUAUUACAUGGGCAGUGAAGCCCCCAAUAGAGGAGACAAAAUGAUGGCUUCUGAAACAUGCGAGUCAACAAAGCUAUUUUGAAGUGUUAUGCUGUAGCUGUGAGAUAAUUUCCUCUUUGGCUACAGGUGGAUUAAGUGCUCUGUCUCUCGCGUUUUCUCUGUGACUUCUCCAGACUUUCCUCUCGUAGGAUGUUCCACUAUUUUAAGUGUAAAUCUGACUUCCAUGCGGUGCAGCCUGGACUGCUGUACAGUCGGUCGGCGAAGGGGAAGUUGCACGGAGAAAAUGGGAUGACGGGCUACCAUGUUCAGUCUGUGAGGAAUAAGACUAAGUCUCAGCUUCUUAACAAUUUAUCUUUAGACUUGUAUUUUUUUAUUUUUUAUUUUUUUUUUUUUUUUUUGAGUUUACAAAGUCACUACCUGACUUACAAACAUGCACAAAAGGAAAGCUUUCCACUGUGUCUUAUGCAUUGAUGGCCAAGGGAAAGUCUCUGUGGGGAACUUGUGACUUCGACCAACCAAACUGUGAAUUAUUCCACUGUUUUGUGGGAAAGUGCAAUACAGUAUGUUAAAGCACACAUUUUAUCAGUGAUUUUUAAAAAAAAUUGUUAAUCUCAGCUGCCUCUCCUUGGUGUGAAUGUGUUUAGUAUGCUUAGUUGUUUCUCUGUUGUAUUAGCAGGUUAUUAGAUGUUGGUGUGGCCAGCAGGGAGCAGUGUAUCUCAAGUUCAACCUUUUCUUCCCUUAUUUGUUGAUUUGUUGACUGUACAGUGUAUUUUAUGCACAGAUCGCUCGUAGGGUUCUCCUUUUACUCCCCCCCCCCCCCCCC